AUGUGGCCCCCCCGCCCCCCGCCCCCUCCCCGCCCCGCGAUGUCGGAGGAAACCCGACAGAGCAAACUGGCCGCGGCCAAGAAAAAGCUCAGAGAGUAUCAGCAGAAGAACAGCCCUGGUGGUCCCGCAGGAGGAAAGAAGAAGAAGAAACUGAAAAAUGGCAGCAGCCCCGAGACAGCCACUUCUGGGGGCUGUCACUCAACCGAGGAUAUUCAGGACAUUCUGAAGGUGCUGGUGUCCGACCUUAACCGUUCCAAUGGGGUAGCGCUGCCCCCAUUGGACAAGUGGAAGGCGCCCAACGACUGUGCGGCUCCUGCAGCGCCCUCUGCUGAUGCCACCGUGUUACCUGGCGGUGUAGCGUCCCCUGGCGCUAGUCUAACCAGCACGGCGCCGACUCAGAACCAUGCUGCUGACCAUGGCCCUGCCCUCACAGAUGAGACCAAGACUUUGUCCUCCACGGAGAGCCUGCGCCAGCUUUCUCAGCAGCUCAAUGGUCUUGUGUCCGAGUCCACAUCCUACCUCAACGGAGAGGGCCUCACAGCUUCUAACAUGAAGGAUCUGGAGAGCCGGUACCAAGAGCUGGCAGUAGCCCUGGACUCCAGCUAUCUAACAAACAAACAGCUCAGUAACACCAUAGAGGAACUGAAACAACAGAACCAAGAAACUCUGGAUCAAGUGGAAAAAGAGAAGAAAGAAUGUCAGCAGAAGUUGGCCAAGGAGCAGGGGGCUUUAAGAGAACAACUGCAGGUUCACAUUCAAACCAUUGGGAUUCUUGUGUCUGAGAAGGCGGAUUUACAGUCAGCCCUGGCUCACACCCAACAGGCAGCCAGGCAGAAAGCAGGAGAGUCUGAGGACCUUGCUAACCGCCUGCAGACGACCCGCCAGCGCGUCGGAGAGCUGGAGCGGACGCUGUCUGCCGUCUCCACGCAGCAGAAGCAGGUGGACAGGCACAACAAGGAGUUGACCCAAGAGCGAGAUGCUCUCAAACUGGAGUUAUACAAGAACAACAGAAACAAUGAGGACCUGAAGCAGCAGAACUCUGAGCUCGAAGAGAGGCUUCGAGUCCUCGAGACAGAGAAGAAGGCCCUGCAGCUGGGCACGGAGGAGCUGCAGAAGAAGCUGGAGAUGUCUGAGCUGCUGCUGCAGCAAUUCUCUAGCGAGUCUGGCGUCUCUGACAGUAGGCAGCAGCUUCAGCAGGCCAUGGAGGAGCGGGCCCAGCUGGAGAAACACGUGCAACAGCUGCUGGAGACACAGACACAACUGCGGAUGGACAGGGACCGGUACGCAGGGGGCCUGGAGGAAGAGCGUGCCCUGUGGCAGGAGAAGAUGCAGCAGAUGUCUGCCCAGCUGUGCACACUGAGGGAGGAGAAGGAGCGCGGCCUGAGUCAGGUGCAGGAGCUGGAGACCACCUUGGCCGAGCUCCAGAGCCAGAGGGCUGAGCCUCCCGCCCCGGAGUCCCCAGCGCCCCCCGCGGGGCCGUCAGAGGCGGAACAGCAGCUGCAGGCGCAGGCUGAGCAGCUGCAGAAGCAGCUGGAGAGCCUGGCGGGACAGCUGCAGGCCCAGGUGCAGGACAACGCAGCCCUGAGUCGCCUGAACCAGCAGCAGGAACAGCGGCUGCUGCAGCUGGAGCGCGAGGCGGAGCUGUGGGGCAACCAGGCCGAGGAGCGCAAGCAGAUCCUGGAGAGCAUGCAGAGCGACCGCGUGACCAUCAGCCGCGCGCUCCUGCAGAACCGGGAGCUCAAGGAGCAGCUGGCCGAGCUGCAGGAUGGCUUCGUGAGACUGAGCAAUGACAACAUGGAGCUCACCAGCUCGCUGCAGGCCGAGCAGCACGUCAAGAACGAGCUGGCCAAGAAGCUCGGCCAGCUGCAGGAGAAGCUGGGGGAGCUGAAGGAAACGAUGGAGCUGAAGAGCCAGGAGGCUCAGAGUCUGCAGCAGCAGCGCGACCAGUACCUGGGCCACCUGCAGCAGUACGUGGCCGCCUACCAGCAGCACGCGGCUGCCUACCAGCAGCUGAGCUCCGAGAAGGAGGCGCUGCACAAGCAGAUUCUGCUGCAGACGCAGCUCAUGGACCGGCUGCAGCAUGAGGAGGUGCAGGGCAAGGUGGCGGUCCAGGUGGCUCGCCAGGAGCUGCAGGAGACCCAGGAGCGCCUGGAAGCUGCCGCCCAGCAAAACCAGCAGCUGCAAGCUCAGCUGAGCCUCCUGGGCCUCCCUGGAGAGGGAGAUGGGGAGGAGGAGGAGGAGGAGGAGGAAACUCCCCAGGCCAAAGUGCCCGUCCCGGAAGACCUGGAGAGCCGAGAGGCCGUGGUGAUGUUCUUUACGUCGGCUCUCACCCGAGCCGAGGAAGAGCGGGCCCGGCUCCGCGGGCAGCUGAGGGAGCAGAAGGCUCGCUGCCGGCGCCUGGCUCUCCUUGCCGUGCCAUCGCAGGGGGAGCCCGAGGGGCCCUCAGCCGCUGGGACUGGGGGUGACUCUGUGUCUGGGGAGACGCACCAGGCCCUCCAGGGGGCCAUGGAGAAGCUGCAGACCCGCUUUCUGGAGGUGAUGGCGGAGAAGGCGGAGCUCCGAGAGCGGGUAGAGGAGCUAGAACAUCGCUGCAUCCAGCUCUCUGGAGAGACGGACACCAUCGGGGAGUACAUUGCCCUCUACCAGAACCAGAGGGCAGUGCUGAAGGAGCGGCACCGGGAGAAGGAGGAGUACAUCAGCCGGCUGGCCCAGGACAAGGAGGACAUGAAGAUCAAACUCCUGGAGCUGCAGGAGCUGGUGCUGCAGCUCGUGGGCGAGCGCAGCGAGUGGCAGGGCCGAGUCCUGGCUGCCGCCCCAGACCGCGCUGACCAUCCCGCGCCUGGGGCCCCAGCCCUCCAGGACGCUGCUGACCCGCAGGCUGAUCUUGGCGAGGUGAGCCUCGCUGACACCGUGGAGCCUGCGCGAGGAGAGGCUGGGGAGGGCGCGUCCACCCAGAACCCUACUGCGCAGCAGAUCAUGAAGCUGCUGCGGGAGAUCCAGCACCCCCAGGAGCGCCCGGGCUUGGGCACCAACCCCUGCAUCCCCUUCUUCUACCGGGCUGACGAGCAUGACGAAGUGAAGAUCCUGAUCGUCUAACCCCGGAUGCCCUCAGCCCGGAGAGCCCCGCCCAGUCCUUGCCACUCCCCCUGCAAGCCACCCUGUCCCCUGCCGCGCCAUCCCAGCUCCCUUCCCUCCUAGAUAGAACCCCUGAUGGGGAGAGAAAGGCCUCUUUAGGCUGCCUCUCUGGAGGACCCUCGGGGGCUCCUGGGGCCUCCUCAUUUCCAGCUCCAUCCUCAGAGGCUGUGACCAACGUAGGCAGCGUUUGUGUGGCCCCCAGAACAGCCCAGACCAGGGGGUGCUCCUCUCCUUGGGCAGUCAGCCAGGCAGUUUUCAUCGCCCCUCUUGGGCCUACUGUCGGCCUGGCAAGAGCAUAAUCUGGCCGGUACAUCACGUGGGGCCUCAGCAGGCACGGACACGAGCAGGCAAGAGCCAUGACCUGGCAGGGACAUCUCCAGUGCAGGCCAGCGUCAGGCAAGGGUCGUCUCUAAGCCACAGGCUUCCGUGGGCGAGGCCAUCUUCUGGCCGGGGUCAUCUUCAGGCCGGGUCAUCUGUGGGUGAGGGCAUCUGGGCACAAAAGGCCUCUUCAGGCAAUGGUCAUCGCUAGGCAGGGGCAUCUGGGCAAGGGUCACUCUGGGCCAGGGGCAUCAUGGGUGAGCGUCAUCUCUGGGUUUUGUCUCUUACGGCCGGGGGCAUCUAGGCAAGGAUCAUUUUGGGCCAGGGCAUCUUUGGGCAAGGGCAUCUGGGUGAGGGUCGUCACUGGACAAGGGUCACUUCCGGGCCAGGGAUAUCUAAGGGUCAUCUCUAGGUGGGGCGUCUGGGCGAGGAGGGCAUAUUUGGGCGAGGGUCAUCAUUGUCGAGGGCAUCUUCGAUGGGGGCAUCUUCAGGCCCAGGGAGUUUGGCAAUAGCAUCUGGACAAGGGCAUGUUCGGGCGGGGGCAGGCUGGGUGAGGUUCACGUCAGACCAGGGGGCAUCAUGGGCGAGGGCAACUGGGUGAGGGUCAUCUCUGGGCAGGGGCCUCGCUGGUCAAAGGUCACUUCUGGGCCAGGGGCAUCUUGGGCAAGGUCAUUUUCAGGCAAGUGCAUCUGGGCGAGGAGGGCAUCUGGGUGAGGGUCAUCUCUGUGCUGGGGCACCUGGGCAAGGGUCACUUCUGGGCCAGGAGCAUCAUGGGUCAUGGUCACUCUGGGCCUGGGGCUUCUUCAGGUGAGGUCAUUUUCAGGCACAGGCAUCUGGGUGAGGCAUCUUGGGCAAUGGUCACUUCUGGACCAGGGGCAUCAUGGGUAAGGGUAUUUGGCGAAAAGGGCAUCAUCGGGUGAGGGUCAUCUCUGGGCAGGGGUAUCUGGUCAAGGGUCAUUUUGGGCAGGGCUCACUUACAGGCCAGGGCAUCUCUGGGUGAGGAUCUUCCUCAGGCGAGGGUCAUCUCUGGGCAAGGGCUGUCCCUUAUCAGGGAGGCUGCAGGCCACGAAUCUCUGGGUGGCCUGGGCAAGCUGAGGCUACCUGGAGGCCCGGUCCUUAGCACAGGUGGCGCUCACCGUAGGCAAGGCGUGGGCCAGCUCUUCACUCCGUGCCUGUGCCCCAGGCAGGCCAGCUGGGAGGCAUGGUCGACAGCCCUUAGAGGGUCGGCUGGGGCAGUGAUGCAGGGGCGCCUGUCCUCUCUCUAAGAGGCAUCCAGCAGGCAGGGCCGAGGCAGGCGGGGCAGCAGCGGGGACUCCCCUUUCUUCAGAGGCACUUUGGGGCAGGGCAGUAGGCAGCAUUCUGUCAGGCCCUGUGACAGCCGGGGCUAACUGGAGGCCUGAUGAGGGGAUGAGGCUGCCUCCAGGGGGCCUCCCCACCCCGCCCCCAUGUACAUAUUGUACUUGUGUACAUUUUGUAUAUUCUGGGGGUAGGGCCGCCCCCUGUAUCAUAGCUGAGGCUGGAGCUCACAAAUGAGGAGGAGGGCUUAAUGCUUCUUUGGGGCUGGGAAACUUAUUUAUUGAUAGUCUAUGUAUGGCACAGGAAAGAGGCGGAGACAGGGUUGUGGCACCCUGGUGAUGUGGCUCCUGUUACUCUUUUUAUCUUGAAAUAAACAGAUUUAGCCACACCGCUUGGCCCCGUGU